CGUGGUUCCCCCAGCAUUGUAUAGAAAUCCCAAAAUCCACACACCACACACCACACACCUGUUACCAUCUCGUUCGAGGAGCUAGAUCUCAUGUGAGCAUCCUGUAAAGUAGAAGGCGAAAUGAUCCGGAAAGUGGUCCUACGAUUCUUGGCCUCAAACUCUGAAUCCAGAUCAGACUCGUCAGAGGGUAUAGAAAUCUCGGAAAAAUAUCCACUGGGGGGGUUCUCGUCCUACCGUAUGCCCUCUACGCGUAUCGCGAUGAAAACCACCUGCUUAUGCAGCUAUGCCCACAAGGCACCUUGCUCGACAUUGUCAACCGUGUUGGCACUACUGGUAUCUCGCAGCAAGGGGUAUGUUUUGAUGAGCUGUUUGUCAUGUUUUUCACUAUCGAGAUUAUGCGCUUCCUCGAAGGAAUGCACAGCGCAGGCUUCAUCCACGGUCAUCUCAAGAUCGACAACUGCCUUCUACGUCUCGAAGACGUCCCAGGCGGAGCAUCUGCCCUCUCAACCCUAUACCAGCCCUCUGUCAUCAAUUUCGGGCGAACACUCGACAUGUCCCUCUUUCCUCACAACAAACAGCCUACGGGUGAUUGGCCAACAGACGCACGAGAUUGCUUUGAGCUAAGAGAGCAUCGCCCUUGGACAUAUCAGACCGACUACUUUGGUCUCGUUGGCAUCAUCUACUGCAUGCUGUUCGGCAAAUACAUCGAAACGUCAUCCAUCACGCCCCAACCCCCUUACAAUAUCACGACGCCGUUUAAGCGCUACUGGCGGAAUAACUUAUGGAUGAAGCUAUUCGAUCUCUUGCUUAAUCCUUGCCUCGUGCGUCCGGAUGGCAAGUUGCCCCUGUGCGAGGAGCUUGUUGAUAUCAGACAUGAAAUGAAGGGUUGGUUGCAGCACCAUUGCAAUCGGAGUAGCAACACGCUCAAGGGGCUAUUAAAAAAGAUCGAGCUUUCAGUAUACACUCGGUAG